UUUAUCCCUUAGUCUCGAUUGUCGUAUUAUUUGAUAUGCCUAUCGUUUUCUGUCUCGGUUUUUUAUUUCUACGCAUUACACUUUUGGAUCUACACAUACACAUCGAUCUCGUCUGGCUUCGGUUUUUUGUUCAUCUCGAGUUUCUCAUGAUCAGCAUCGUUCUCUACGUUAUUAACGCUCUACUAGUUCUCUGUUUCGAUCUAUUUACAUUAUUUUUAGGCUCGCUCGUUACAUGCAUGGACG